ACAAGCUGGUCUAACAGGAGAGAGUCUGAGUCUGCUGGUUAGAGAGUCUCAGCUAUCACCCUGAAGACCCUGUUUAAUGCAGUGUGUAGAACAAAGUCCUAUCUAAACAGACGCUCAAGACCUCCACUGGAGAACCAGGUGCACAAGAGUUUCUACUCUGAGUCCAAACGGCAUUCCAAUGUGGGCGGUAGAGAAGAUCCGAGUGUCCGUCGAGAGGACCAGCCUGCCACUUCCCAUAACGGAAUACAGCUUCAAAAUCGGUGACAUCAUGUUCGGAGACAAGUCAUCCAUUGACAAAGCCAAGAAAGUCUCGCUGUGUCCAAACAUCAUUACCCCGAACACUAUCCCCGAGUUCUGCAUUCCCCCCAAGAUCUCAACCCAAGUGGAGGGCAAGAGUAUGGAGCAGGGGAGGCCGACUCCAUGUAUCCGAGUGUUUCUGUGUGACAAAGGAAGUCCAAAGAAGGAGGUCAUUCCCCGAGAGCUUCCCAAUAACCAUAUAAUCCAGGUGGAGAGUGUUGAUGAUGGGCCAUUUGAAAACGGCUGUAGUGAUGAGGAAACCACCAAUGCUGAUCCUCAAAGCCAGGCUGCACUUUCCCUGCCCCACUUAGCUAAAGCUCAAACCUGCUACGGCUUUUGUACCUUGCUUGAAAGUCCCCACACCAGGAGAAAGGAGUCCCUCUUCCACAACAACCCCAACUCGAGUGGAAUCCCCUUGGUUCUUCCCCGGAGUAGAUCAAGCACUUGCUCCAAAUCAGCUUCCCCCAUCUUGCCAUCUUCAUCCUCCCAUUCUUCCUUCAGCCUGAAUGCUCUUGCUUCUAGACUCUCUCCAAAAGGCUUCACUUUGCACAGACAGGGAACUCUAGAUAGCGAUACCACUUCCUCAGCAGAGUCCUCCCCUUUCAGUUCUCCUCUCCUGAACAGAUGCCCACCAAAACCUUCUCUCCUCAAAGUACUUAACCAUGAGAAACUACUCUACCACAAUCUCCGGAAGGUUGCCAUGUCCAGAAACAAUUCCCUAUCGACGGAUGAGGGUAGCUCCACGGACAACAGCCCCAAUAUUAUGAGAAGAGCAUCCGAAGGCCUUGUUGAACCUCUCCCGUGUGGGUUCAGCUUGGCUCCUCCGGCUAUCUUCCCCAUGGACUUGGUUCUGCACCGGGAGAGGGUGAUGAAGGAGAAUCUGGUGCCUGUAGGAAGGGACGGUACCUUGCGGCUGUCGGCGGAGUACUGCCCUGAAAACCAGAGACUGCGUGUCCGCCUCAUAAGUGCGGAAGGCCUGUACGCUCUGUCAGUGGACCCUAAAAGCAUUAACUGCAGUGUCAGCCUCUCUCUCAUGCCCGGAAAAGUCCAGAAACAGCGCAGCACGGUCAUUAGGAAGAGCCGCAAUCCGAUCUUUAAUGAGGACUUUUUCUUUGACGGUAUAUCGGAGGAUGAUCUCUGCCAGAGGUCGCUCCGAUUCAAAGUCGUUAACAAGAUGUCCAGCAUGAAAAGAGACUAUAUUUUGGGCAACUGUGAUCUUCCUCUCACUAGCAUUGUCACAUUAUAAAUCCAACAAUCGCUUAAUUUAUUUUUUGUGUGAGUGCAUGCGUGCAUGUAUUUGUAUAUAUUAUAUGAAAUGUUAUU